GGCGGGACAUAAUUUGAAGAAGGCUGUAGGAGAUACGGUUGGAAUGAGGAAGGGUGUGGUCUUUCGACUGAAAUUUGCAUAAAAUGGAACCCGUUGAGGCUACCACAACUCCCUAGCGGAGCAUGCCGGGAGUUGUAGUAGUUUCCAGUUCGGUUGCGAGGGCGCUCUCGACAGCCUCCGGGAGUCCAGCCCGGCCCUGCAGGAGUGACAAGAGAUGUGACCAACGGGAGCGGCGCCUUGGGUCAGAAGGGGCGGGCUCUCUGCAGAAGGACAGGAAGGUGGCGUUGGCUAAGGCGCAGGCCGUUGUGGCGGCUCGGAUGCAGGCAACUAUGAAAGGCUUAUAUUUUCAACAGAGUUCCACAAAUGAAGAAAUAACAUUUGUAUUUCAAGAAAGGGAGAAUCUUCCUGUUACAAAGGAUAACUUUGUGAAACUGCAAGUUAAAGCUUGUGCUUUGAGCCAGAUAAAUGCAAAGCUUCUGGCUGAAAUAAAGAUGGAGAAGGAUUUCUUUCCUGUUGGGAGAGAAGUUGCUGGAAUUGUGUUAGAUGUUGGAAGCAAGGUAUCAUUCUUUCAACCAGAUGAUGAAGUAGUCGGUAUUUUACCCUUGGACUCUGAAGACCCUGGACUCUGUGAGGUUGUUAGGGUGCAUGAGCAUUGCUUGGUUCAUAAGCCAGAAAAGGUUACAUGGACAGAAGCAGCUGGAACCAUUCGGGAUGGAGUACGAGCCUAUACAGCUCUGCAUUAUCUUUCUCAUCUCUCUCCUGGAAAAUCGGUGCUGAUAAUGGAUGGAGCAAGUGCAUUUGGUACAAUAGCCAUUCAGUUAGCACACCAUAGAGGAGCCAAAGUGAUUUCAACAGCAUGCAGCCUUGAAGACAAGCAGUGCCUUGAAAGACUGAGGCCGACUAUAGCUCGAGUGAUUGAUGUAUCUAAUGGGAAGGUUCACAUUGCCGAAAGCUGUUUAGAAGAAACAGGUGGCCUGGGGGUAGAUAUUGUCCUAGAUGCUGGAGUGAGAUUAUAUAGUAAAGAUGAUGAACCAGCUAUAAAAUUACAACUCCUGCCACAUAAGCAUGAUAUCAUCACACUUAUUGGUGUUGGAGGCCAUUGGGUAACAACAGAAGAAAACCUUCAGUUGGAUCCUCCAGAUAGCCAUUGCCUAUUCCUCAAAGGAGCAACGGUGUCUUUCCUUAAUGAUGAAGUUUGGAAUUUGUCAAAUGUACAGCAGGGGAAAUAUCUUUGUAUCUUAAAAGAUGUGAUGGAGAAGUUAUCAUCUGGUGUUUUUAGACCUCUGAUGGAUGACCCUAUUCCACUAUAUGAGGCCAAAGUUUCCAUGGAGGGUAUUCAGAAAAAUCAAGGAAGAAAAAAGCAAGUUGUUCAAUUUUAAUUUUACUCCUCCUCAGACCUCAUUUGGAUGAAUGCGUUCCAGUAUUUGAAGCCAGCGUUUCCUUGGAAAUUAUUCAGAAAAAUUCCAUUGUUAAGCAUAUUUUCCUGCUAUCUAGGACAAGAUGCUCAGAGUUAUAUAAAGUACUUGGAAAGUAAAUUCUUGUGCCAGAAGGACCGAAGAGAAUAUUCUGAAAGCCUUUUCAGUUAUUUUGCCUCAGCAUUUUACCUGUGCUAUAAAAUUCUCUCCAUGAAGAAAACAGCAUUCAGCAAAAAUCAGACUGCUCUACUGAUAACUAUUUACAGUCCUUUGCCAUAAUGUCAAAAUAACUUUAUUGCUGUUGUACCAGCUCCAUUCUCAACACCUUCCUUCCUUAACAAACUUCUGCUGUCGUAA